AGUUUCUUUUAAUUUGGUCAAAGUCAAAAGUAUCUUUCUUUAUUUCAAACUUCACCCAAAGCUUUUAUGAUUAGGCAAUUCAGUCCUGAGGUUUCAAACCCUUUUAAAUCAAUCUUCCAUGUUUUUGAACUUAAUCAAAUCAGUCCUUUUAAUCUUUGUUUGUGUUUAUGGUGCAUGCAUGUCUUCGAUUUCCUCCAUUUUUGUAAUACCCCAAAAUUUUGUGAUAUUUUAGCAUUAAGUGAGGACCUUUGUGAGAGGAAAUAUGGUUUUGGGACUUAAUAGCCAAAGAUUUCAAAGUUCAGGGACUUAUAGGAGGAAAAUCUAGAAGGGUCGGCUACUUUUCUUUUUCUUCUUUCUUCUUCUUCUUCUCCCCGUUGCAGCCACCCGAAAGAAGAAAAAAAAAAAAGGGAACCCGGCACCAGCCUUGGAGAAAUCGGUAGAAAGCUUGAAAUUCCCCAUUCUUUCUUGUUCAAUAACCAGAUUUGGAGCUUAGAAUUGCCCCCCUCUCUGCAGAAAUCCGGAUCUACUCUGCUCUGCUCUGUCUUCACUGCCGGCUGCUCCUGCUUUGUGGGGUGCGAAUUGCUCGAGUUUUUGAUUGCCGCCGGCCUUCCCCCAAUUGCAGUCCGGUUUUGCUUGUUAAAUUCCGGUAUGUGACAGCCCUCCAACCCCGAAUUUUUCCGUUAAUUUGCUGCCUUGAAUCUUGAAUUUUCUGCCUUUGAUUUGCCCUUCUACUGUUCGAGAAUUUCUGUUGAAAUUGGGGAUGAAUUUUGGCAGCAUUAAGUUAUGUUUUAAGCUUGGUUUAGCUAGUGUUUUGGCCAAUUUUGGAAGUGCAGUUAUUGUUCACGAUACUGUUCACGGCACUGUUCACAGGUCACUGUUCACGCACCGAUGGCCAACAAUUAACAGGGAUUUAAAUGAUUAAUUUGUAAUAUAAGAACAAAUUUGGAAAUGUUCGGUUAUGUGGAGAUUGAUAGGAAUAGCAUUGUGAUUAGGGGGUAGUCAUGGUGAUUUUACUUUUGAAUCCGUGGUACGGUAUUAAUUUUGGAUAUUUUGAUUAGGUUCCUUAUCGUUCUAUCAGUUUAGCAUUGAGAUCGAGUCUUCGGUUUUAUGCGAGUGAGGUAAGUAAAUUUAUGAUAAUGCCCGUACAGUUUUUAAAAGCAUGUUUUGAUUUGUUUUUGAAGUGGUGGCGGGACUAAACCCGUUUUAUGCAAAAGUAAGUAUGAUUGAUUUGAAAUAAAUUUUUAUACUUUUCAUUAAAUUGAGCAUGCCUACUUGAAAUUUAAUUGAUUGUCCUGAUGAUUUGAAAGUGAUUGGUGAAUUAUGGUUUUUUUUGUUAACUUCUGUCUGUUUUGUCUCCGAUGUGGUUAUGUUAUUAAUGAUCCUGCUAGUGGGGGUUAAACCCUAGCACAUGUCGACAUGUUAUUGAUAGAAUCGGUUCGUUCAAGUGUAGCUUGCCAGUGGGAGGUUUAUAACACUGAUCAUGACCUAUAGAGGAGACGUCUAUUUCGUUCCUGUACUGUAUCCGUUUUUCGUGAUUGCACUUGUUGGCAUGCUAUAAGUUUAAUAAGGGCACUCCAUAUUUACUUACUGAGUUUAUCUCAUAGUUUUUCCUUGUCCACUAUUUCAGGAAGCGAAACCGAGGACGGGGAAACCACGGGAAGUGACGAGUUAAAAACCUAGCCAUUUCAAGAUUGAUAUAGAUUUUAGAUAUAGAUCAUGAUCUUGUAAACUGGAUUUUAAUUGGAGAUUUUAUAAAUUCAUUGAAUGGAUUGUUAGUUACAAGAGAUUUGACCUUGAGAUUUUGGUGGUAUCAGAUUGAGAUUGUGAUAUGAUAAGUUCCGAGCCUUGUGUAUUUGU